AUGCCAUCCAUCGCAAGAGCCCUCGUCGUCGCGUCCGCCCUCCUCCUGUUGCAUGCCGCGUUUUCGGCGUAUGAGCACCUGAGCACACUCAAGGCCCUCGGCCGCACCGCCACCUCGCUCCCCACAUCGAUUUCGCUCGAGGCUCUGGGCGCACUUGUACUCUUCCUCCCGGCCAUCGCCCUGGCCACGCAGCCGCUCGAGGACGUGACGUACCGUGGAGAAAUGGCCAAGCGCUCGCCAGACGACGCCGACGCCUGCGCGGGCUUUAUGCGCCUCAGCGCCCGCGGCAAGGCUCUCUUCGGCGACAGGUAG